AACCUUUCUUCGGGAACCUGCACCGGUAUAGUACAAACAUUCAUACUGAUUUCAAUUAUGUGAUUUUUUUACUUCUUUAAUUGACUAUUUAAAUCAGAACGUGAGAAUGGGCCAUGCAUUACAGAUGAUCUUAAAUACAUCAAAAUGUAUUUCCGUGUUUAGUGCAAUGGCAGCUGUUGGUUUUCUCUUCAUCCUUCUACCUUUGACAUGGGCUUGCGUGCCACAAAAAGCUGAUUAUGUCAUGGUGUCAUGUUUUCCCAAUGCCAUCAUUGCGAACGUGCCAGAGUGUCCAUAUGGAUGGGAAAUCGGUCAGCUGUCUCUUGGCGGCGUGUGUUAUAAUGGAAUUAACACUCCGGGUUUUUAUCGUUUCACUAUACCGGACCUCACCCCAAAAAAUAACUCUUACUGCGGUACCCUGUCCGAGUAUGUAGGAGGCAAAGACCCACGGUACAUAUUUUACAACUCAAUAGUAUCCAACGAUUCGUCCCUCACCGUCAGGAACCAGCCUGUAAACUACACCUUCAGUUGCACCUACAAAGCAGCUUAUCUGGUCAACAAUGCAGUGUUUAGUCAAAGAGUGGCAACAGUUUAUGUCAACAAUGGGAGUUUAGGGUCAUUUAAGUCUCAGUUGUCUAUGAACGUGUUCACAAAUUCCAAGUUUUUGUAUGCGAAGGAUGCGCCGUAUGUGAUUGACACAUCUGAGAUCGGAUCAGAGGUAUUCAUUGGCAUUGAAGCGAAAGGACUGAGUAACAGGUUCAAAGUAGUCAUAACAAACUGCUGGGCAACACCUACACCUUAUUCAACAGACAGGAAAAGGUGGACUUUAAUUCUGAACAGUUGCUCUUUAGACAACACAGUCACCAUAUUUGAAAAUGCCAAAGACAGCAGGUCCAUGUUUAAGUUCAACUCGUUCCGCUUCCAGCGGCUGGAGAAAGUGUCCACUGUUUGGCUGCACUGUGAGGUGCAAGUGUGCGAUGGAGAAAAGCUAUUCUGUCAACCAACUCCAUGCACAUCGAGAAGUACAGAAUUCGAACCUGAUCCAAAUGGAGGCAUCCUGACCAUGGAGUUUCAAGUCAGAGCACAACUCUCCUCAAGUUGUAUUCAUCUUGCAGGCCCAUUUGUGUUUCUGCUGCCCAUACUUCUACUAAAUGAAUUUUUAAGGUACUUCAGUUUGUAAUGAGGCCAAAUAUGGGUCACUUUAAAAUGCAAUGAAACACACAUUUGCACUUAUAUACAGAUACCUAAAUAAAGACAUGCAUGCAUACACCUGCAAACGGCAACCAUAUGUGUGUCUCAGGGAGUGUAUCGAUGUUCACCUUAAAACGUUCACUCGCAUUUUUACAGUUUUAACUUGUGUUUAGUGUUUCUUAUAUAAAUAUUGGUAGAGCAAGUAAA